GAGCCUCUGAAGGCCUUUAAUACUACAGUCUCGAGGUCACACGACUUCCUCAUUUCCCCAGAGCUCUAACGUUUCUUUCCCAUUACCAGGACAAUCGAUUCCAGCUCUGUUUGUAUUUUAGCGUAAGUACUCGUACUCGUACUCGUCCUCACCCUGCAUUGAAUCUGCUCCCACAUCGCAUUGCUCUACCCUCCAACAAAAGAUGCCUGACGUAACACUAAUCAAUGACCUUGACCAAGACAUACACGUUGCUUUCUUCGUAGGCGUCCCUGCUAAUUGGAAAAACUACCUCAAACCCGGAGAACGCUGGAGAACGCACCUGGCGAGUCUCCCGCUUCACUUCGAAGCGCGUAGUGUGCAGAGUCACGAGUUCAGCCAUAACGAGUCCUGGGAGAUGUUUGCAACCAUCGGAGGCGCUUGCGCUGCUGGUACUGCUUCAGUAGUAUCAGCAGGUGCUUUACUUGCUGGCGACAUGAUUGCAGGCAUCCCCGUGGUUUCGGUACCGCGCCAACCGACAGAGAGGAACCUACUUUAACAUCAUUGAGUUUCGUCUCCCGAACCUCCGCCUUCGAGGAAGCCAAUUCGAACACAGCUCAUACAAGCUCAUAUCUGAACUAUCGGG